AUGAAGUUAUUCUUCUUUUCCUUCGCUUUGGUUUACCUCCUUGUGGUAAACAAUGUAAACUGCCUCUUCAAAAAUUUUAUUAGUGGGUUUUACUGCAACGAUGAGAAUUGCUAUGGCAUUUUAGGUGUGAGCGAAAAAGCGAGCGUGAGCGAGAUCAGGUCGUCCUACCACAGGCACCUGAUGAACAUGAAAAAUAGCUACGACUUGGAAAAAAAAAAAAGAAUUCUCAAGGCAUAUACCGUCCUUGCCAACAAACGAACGAGGAAGUAUUAUGAUUUUUUUUUGAAAAACCCAAACAGUAUCCUAAAUGUGAUAUACCUUAUUUUUUAUUAUUUGUUCAAACUGAUAAAGGUGAUAAUUGCGUUGAUAAUUAUUGGCGUCCUGCUAUGUGGUUUCCAGUAUUUAAACAAUAAGUAUGAAAUGAAGAGACGGGUGCAUAAAUUGUCGAAAAAUAAAGCUUUUAAGAAGGAGGUGCAGAAUAGGAUAGGGUUAAAGCAUCCCGAUUUCCGAACGUACGAGAUGGCAAUGAAGAAAAAGAUAGAGGAAGACAUCGAAAUUGAGGUGGCACACGAGAUGGGACUUACGUACAAGAAAAAGGAUGAACAGUUUGCCUUUUCUGACUUAAUAAUCGUUAAGUUCUUCAUUCUUCCGAAACAAAUUAUCUGCUAUGUUCUCUGGAAUAUCAAGUGGUUGAUAAAGUACCACAUUUUGAAUAACGAAUAUGAUGAGGGUGAUAAAUUAUACAUUACGAGGAAGUGCCUCAACAUUCCUGCGUAUAGAUGGGAUGCCCUCUCGGAUGAGGAUAAAAAAAUUCUCUUGAAGAAGAAACUGUGGGUGAAGGAAAUCCAGGACGAGUUUUUUGAAGAACAGAUGGAGAAGGAGCGACUGAACAAAAUCUCCAGCGCCAAGUAUAAGAAGCAGAUGCGAAUGAAGAAGAAGGGAACUAGCUUUAAUUACAACGAUUAG